UUUUCUCUGCAAACUUCAAACUGAGAGAGAAGAAAGAGCAACCUCGGCGAGAGCAGCAGAAUCGGCAGGUGAGGGGCGUUGCGGCGGCCGACGGCAUCAAAGGAGACAAUUAAAAUGGCGGACAAGGCGGUGACUAUUCGAACCAGGAAGUUUAUGACUAAUCGGCUUCUCUCCAGGAAGCAAUUCGUGAUCGAUGUUCUGCAUCCAGGGCGACCUAAUGUUUCCAAGGCUGAGUUGAAGGAGAAAUUGGCAAGGAUGUAUGAGGUCAAGGACCCGAAUGCCAUUUUUGUCUUCAAAUUCAGGACGCACUUUGGGGGAGGCAAGUCAACUGGGUUUGGAUUGAUUUAUGAUUCUGUUGAGAAUGCGAAGAAAUUUGAACCCAAGUACCGGCUUAUCAGGAAUGGCCUGGAUACAAAGGUGGAGAAAUCUAGGAAGCAGCUCAAAGAAAGGAAGAACAGAGCCAAAAAGAUCCGUGGUGUAAAGAAGACAAAGGCUGGUGACGCUGCCAAAGGUGGAAAGAAGAAAUAAAUUUCUUAGGAGUUUUAGGGAUUCUUGAGUUGCUGAAAGUGGUGAUGUUUUUGCAGCAACCUUGUUUUGUCAUUUGUAACCUUUAGAUUUAAUUUUUCUGCUUCUUUGCGCUUUCACUCCCAGGCAAUGACAUUCACAUGUUUAAAUCCUGAUCUCAAUCUAUAUCCAGUUUUGACUUUAGGAAAGUACUAAGAUGCUCUGUUCAAAUGUGCUUCUCUCUAUCUAGAUGUUUCUAUGCAUUUUAAGGCUCAAAAUCAUUCUAGUGAA